UCUCACUAUUUCAACGUUUAACUGUUGGAAGAGAGUUCUGUCUGGGUAUGAAGAUAGAUCUUCCUGAACAAGGCCACCAUAUCUCGAUCCAUUAGGAGCCCACCAUUGAAGGUGAACUUGAAAAUGACAGCCAAAGGGAAGCAGAUCCUCUGUAUUGGGCUAGUCUGCUUGGAUAUCAUUAACGUGGUUGAUACGUUUCCAGUUGAAGACACAGAUACUCGAUGUAUAUCUCAGAAGUGGCAACGAGGGGGAAACGCCUCCAAUUCUUGUACAGUUCUCUCAUUACUUGGUGCCUCCUGUGGAUUCAUGGGCUCUCUUGCACCUGGGCGUAUUUCAGAUUUUAUUUAUGAUGACCUCAGACGAUAUGGGAUUGCUGUGCCCAAUGUGAUUGUUCAUGCAGAAUCAUCUUUCCCAGCCUCCAUUAUCAUCAGCAACAUAAGCAAUGGUUCACGCACUAUCCUUCACACAAACAGUUUCAUAACAGAUGAUUUUCGCAGCAGAGGUGUUAAUAUAUCCAAUAUUGUGUGCCAGCGUGUGGGAGUUAAUCCUUGUGCCUGCUGCCUCGUCAACAUUACCAAUGGCUCGCGAACGGUCAUACUGUCCGACAUGAAUUUACCAAAUGUUACUUCAGAGGAUUUUAGGAAAGUUGAUCUUUCGCAGUACAAAUGGAUUCACUGGGAGGGCAGAAAUGCAUCUGAGCAGGUGGCCAUGAUACAGCAGGUGGUGCAGUACAAUGCUAAUGUGUCAGCCGAGCAGCGAAUUACUAUUUCUGUGGAGAUUGAGAAAACAAGAGAAGAACUGUACCAGCUCUUUGGACACGGAGAUGUGGUCUUUGUCGGCAAAGAUGUUGCCAGACACUUUGGAUUUAAUUCAGCAUCAGAAGCAGUAAAAGGAUUUUACAGUCGGGUAAAACCUGGUGCACACCUAAUCUGUGCAUGGGCUGAGGAAGGAGCUGAUACAAUGGGUCCUGAUGGGCUUUUUCAUUCAAAUGCCUUUCCUCCUAAAAAGCUUGUGGAUACUCUUGGAGCUGGAGAUACUUUCAAUGCAGCUGUGAUAUUUGAACUGCAUAACGGCAAGUCUAUUCAGGAAGCAUUGACGUUUGGUUGCCAAAUUGCUGGGAAAAAGUGUGGGUUUCAAGGUUAUGAUGGAAUUGUCUAAGCAAACCGAAAAUCUAAUGAAAGAAUAGCUACAAUUGAUUGAAAUUAGAAAAUUCCACACGAGCAAGAUUUUUGAUAAUGAAGCCAUCUGAUAUGCAAAUAUAUAAAAUAGGUUUUGUAAAUUUCCUUCGAAUGUAAAACAAUUUAAAAUAUAAUAAAACCUGCUAGAUCUAUCAUAGAUUGAGUUCAACAUUUAUCAUCCUGAUACAGCAUGAUAUAAUUACAAUAGAGAUUUU